GUUCUCUUAGGCACAGGAUAAAGCAAUCCAUGGUACGGAGUACGGAGUACUGAAUGUACGUAUGUACCAAGGAUUUCACUCCCGCCUGUUCACCGUGCAUUGUAAUCAUGUCCACUGCGUACGCUUCAGAGAACUCCUGAGCAUGGACAACGAUGUUGACGGCCAACCCCCCGUCGGGCUGCAAAUAAAUUGAAUGAAAGAGGAUCCCCCAUUCUUCAAUAAAGGAAGAAUUUGAUACAGGUCGAGUUUUGGUCCUCCGUACUGCUCACACUUAGUCACCAUGGCCUGAGCAGUAGAUUAAUAUUGUGUGUGCCCUAUCGACAUCGUAUCUCAUGAGAAGCGAGCGUCACCCAAUUGACUUCGUCAAGAAUGUUUCAUAUGUCGCAUGGAGAAGAUCGUUAGUGGCCCGCGGGAUGUCAGUCAGAUUGCGCGUCCCGACCGACCCACCGAGGUUGUCAGGCAAGACAAAUAGAAAGAGAGAGAAGAAAAGAAGACAGGUAAACGAGGAGGAGGACAGAGUAAGGGAAAGGCAAGUAUAUCAAUUCGCUGAAUGAUCUCAUCCGCCCCUUGCGCGCCCAUUGACAUCAUCC